AUGGAUUCACCACCUACACCAUUGCAUCCGGCAGCUAAUGAAGAAGUGAAUGUUAUACCAGAAGGUGCAUUACCUUCCGGAACUAUAGCGAACUUAGAUCUAAACCCAGAUUUGUAUGAUGACGAAACGGAUGACAAUAACAUUGAUCAUGAUGAAAAAGAUAACGAAGAUGACGUGAUGAUGAAAAGUGACACCAAUGCUUACGAUAUUGGACUGCCGUAUGAGCUCGAAACGUUGACUACUCUGUUUGAUAAACAAUAUGAAUUAUUGAAAGCAGAGUUUGAUAAAACUACGAAUAAUGACGAAAUAGCAAAGUACCAGCAAAGCAAGUUAAUUAACUAUGUAGACGAACAAUUAUUGGCAAUACAGCGAAAAUUUAUCAAGAACCAGGCGGACACUACGGAAGAGUACUCGUUUUUCCAGUUAAUCCAGGAGUUAUCGAAGGUAUUUAAUCUAGUUUGGUACUCAAUUAACACCAAGUCAGGGUUGUUUGGCCAGCAAGAUUAUUUAAUCAAAUUAAUGGACGACAUGGAAGACUAUGUUGCGCAUUACAGACUAUUUCAGAAUACCGAUGACUAUGCUACGGUGGAGCUUCAGUUACUUGAGUAUUUUACAUUUUUCCAAGAAGUGGAUUUGCGGAUAAGUUUUUUAAUUGAUGGAUUUCCGAUGGAAACAGCCGAUAAAAUAGAGAAGCUCAAUAACACGCAGAUAAUACGCGUAUCGCCAAUUGCAUCUAGAUUAAGAAUAUUGAUCAUAUCUAAGUUGGAUCCGUUAAGAAUGAAGUUAUCUCGUGAAGAACUGGCUCCUGAUUCACAAGGCCAACACGAAAAUCAAAAGCGCAGAAGCCACAGAAGACGCUUGCAGAAUGUCAUAGAAGGAGAACUAGGUAGGGUAUUCGAAGGCAUCUUGGAUAGGACCUGA